AUGGCGGAGGCCGCAGGUGCAGCAGAAGUGGCUCCUCUCCACGGCGGCCUCCCAGACGAGAUCGUGGUAUGGGAGGUCCUCGUGCGACUGCCUCCCAAAUCCCUCCUCCGCUGCCGUGCCGUGUGCCCCGCCUGGCGCCGCGUCACCUCCACCCGCGACUUCCUCCUCGCUCAUCACGAUCGCCAGCCCUCCCUCCCUCUCCUAUGUGUUUACUGUUACAAUCUUCUCAGCGCCUACGGCAUUUCCCUGGACGUCAUCCCCUUCGACCACCGGGCAGGCCUCGCCGCCGUCGACCAGCUCAAGUCCAUCGCGCGACUCGGCAAAUCUUACUUCGGUGUCAGGGCCUCCUGCGACGGGCUCCUCAUCCUCUGCGGCCUCUACAGGAACUUGGACUACUCCAUCUGCAACCCAGCAACUCGCCAGCAUGCUCGCCUGCCUCAGCUCGAUGGCUUCGCCUUCUUGGGGAUGUACCCUCACAGCCCUACGGGCGAGUACCGGCUGUUGCUCGAAAAGCCGAGUUAUGCACCUGCCAUUCAAGGUGGAUACUACGUCUUCACAUUGGGCUCCGACCAGCCGCCGAGGCGGUGCCCUGAUGAUGCGGAGCACAUGAUACAGGAACUCUCUGCUGUCCUGUUCCGUGGUAGCCUGCAUUGGCACGUAGAGCAGCAUGGCACGGCAAGCAACAUGAUCAAAGUAUUCAGCACCACAACCGAGUCGUUCCGACGGAUGCGUGCUCCAGCUCUUCCUGGCAAAGCUCACCUGUUUGAGAUGGAUGGAACGCUCGGCAUGUCCAGCUUUAAUGAUGCAGCGACAACCAUUGAUAUCUGGAUGACCCAGGACUAUGAGAGCGAGGCAUGGGCCUUGAAAUACCGGGUUGAGUUGCUGGCUACUGCAGAGGUCACCGUGAUGUUUGGAAUUGGAAGGUUCGACGGUAGAUGGAGUGUUGCCCCGUCUUUGGAUGGUGAUGUGCUCGUGCUGGUCGAAUUCGGCGACUGGCUAAUUCAGAUUGACAUGGAUAGCAAGGUUGUUGCCAGUUUCCAGCGUGCAUUACGCUGUACCGACCAACUUCGCCUCAAACAAAGUCUUGUUCCGCAUUCCUUCUUUCCAACACUGGAGGGUUAUGUGGUGAAUGAUUCACCUUUCAUGUGA